UUGAAAUAGAAGGGGUAUACCGGGUAAAUAAAUAACCGUUGCGCACUCAAGAUCACUCCAGUUCUACCAAGUUCACGUACCACUAUUGUUCCUACAAUUCAUCCCGUUCCACCCCUCGAAACAAUUGAGCCUAAAAUUUCCCGAAAAAUGUGCGAGAGUUAAUUAUCAAACCCCCAAUUACCAAUUCAAGUGAUAAAAGUGAUUAUCGAAUUUUAAAAAAAUGUUCAACAUAAUUCGUGAUAUAUUUUCCCUGCUCCUGAUCACGACAUACGUAUCAGGAGCCUGCGUCAAUGUUCCAAAUCAAGAUAUGGUGGAGUAUGCCUGUGAAAAUGGCUACGUGAAUGAUCUGUAUACAAUUCCCGAGAGAACCGAGAAAAUUAGAAUUUCAAAUAUGAAGAUACCGCGAAUAACUCGCGAUACCUUCUCCCGAUUUGGCGCCAAUGUAUUGACAUUGAUAUGCACUCAUUGCGGGAUAGAAGACAUAGAGCCGGACUCCUUCAAAGCUUUGACAAAUCUCCAACAAUUGCGUCUCGAUAACAAUCACUUGAGAAUUGUUAGGGCGUCAUGGUUCGAGGGACUCAAACAGUUGACGUAUCUAGAUCUAAAUUACAAUGAAAUCGAGAGUAUCGAGGGUGGUGUUUUCGAUAAUACACCUGAGCUAGUUGAUCUCAGAAUAUCGGGAAAUAAAUUGCAAUGUCUCAAUGUGGACGAACUAUCGCGUCUGGGGGGACUGACCCGAAUUUUCAUAGCGAAAAAUCCAGAAUUCAAGUGUCCAAAUGCCUUAUUGAAAGUCCUUGAAGAGAAGCAAUUGACAUUUGAUAAAGAUCCGGAGUGGAGUAAAAUCUCCGAAGACGUCAUCUCCCCCCCAGUGAGUCCCAUGCGCCCAAUAACUCCUGCCUAUCGAGAGCGCCUAAUCUCAACAAGACCACCAGAUUCAACUGUUAAUUAUUAUCAAACCACCGCACCCAAUUAUUCACCAUCUGCUUCAUAUCCAAACUACGAAACAACCACUGAGGCGUCACGCCGGACUCCAGUACCCUGGUAUACAACACCGAGUUACACAUCCGAGCCGUCUUAUCCAGCUCGCGAUUGGACAUCGCCGACAGAAGCACAACCCGAAGUAUCACAAACACGUGCACCAUACAAUGAAUCUUAUUAUCCACCGCAAACACCGAGGUCUUCGACCCAAGAUCCCUACCCCAACACAGACGAUACUAGGUACUCGACUGGUUCAUCAUCAGACAUUACGUGGAUCGGUGGCUCUGACGACACCUUCAGUGAGACUGAUUUUCCCCCAAUUCCAUCAAUGCCACCGCCAGUGAAAACAUCUCAACCACCUUUGCGAGAGGAGCCCAAUUUCCAAACAUCAAGACCAUCAAUAGUACCAUCUGAGCCUAAACCGACCAGUGAAGUCCAGAAACCCCCAACCCCCCUUGAGAAUUACCAGCAGGUGGAGGAUAAAGCACCGGUUAACAUUAAUCUACCAAAUCCAUCGUCUCCAACACCCAAACCAAAAAAUUCGUCAUCACACUCUGCAGCAUCCGCUGGACUAGUCCUACUGACUAUUUUCUACACAAUCGUCAGAACGUUCUAGUUGGAGAGGGGGUGUGCGUGUGUGUGUGGGGAAGGGGAGGAUGUAAGACUUCAUUCGAUUAAUCAUAGCUUCACGCAAGGAAAAUCCCAAAACUCGUGUACCUAUUUUAAUUUAUCAGAUAAACAUAAAAAGAGCAGACAAAUAACUACGAAAUAACUAUGA